AGCGCUUCUGGGGCACAAAGGGCGCCCCCCCCCCUCCAAGCGCCGCUCGCGAGGGCGGCGCGGUCCCCCUUCUGCUUGCGGCCCCUCCGCCCUCGGGGGGCGCGCGCGCCGCCGCGUGCGGGCUCGCGCCGCGGGGGCGAUGCCAGGGCUAUGCGGCAAUUUCGUGGAGUUCUUCAACGACAACGUGAACAUGAUGGUCAUGGCUGCGACGAUCGCGAGCUUCGCUUCCGGGCUCGCAGGGAAGAUGCUGGGGCCGGGCGCAGGUGCCAUCAUGCUGGCGCAGCUGCAGAUGGCGCUGUGCCUCGCCAUCGUCUCGAUCCUCCGGAUGGGGGGCCUGGCGCUCUACAACAGAGCUGCGAAGGGAAGCGUGAUGCGGGAGGUAUACGGCACCAUGCUGUUGGGUCUGCCGUGGUUCUUGAGGGUGCCCACUGUGGUGGUGAUUCCAAGCUACCUCCAGGCCCUCUACAACGAGAUCCACUGGAACCCAGCCGAUUUUAACGCACAUGGCCGUGCUUCUACCGCUUUCCUUUUGACCGUUAUUGUUUUCGCUGUUGUAUACACGCUACUAUCCUCGGACUGCUCCUCGGAUCGGCCUCGCGGUCGCUGGCCGACGCCGGCAAGCCCGACUCGAGGUGGACGACGUUCUUCGUGCAGUGCUUCUACUUGGCCGCCAUGUCUGGCGCCGGGAAGGCGCUGCACUAUGCGGUCCGCAUCAUCAUUUUCGUAUUGGCAGGUCCCACCGAUCUGAACACCCAGGAGAUACAUUGGCACCACUUGCAGGCAUGGGUCACAUGUCUCCUGGUGCUGUCAGCUAUUGCCUGGUGCAUGCUGUCGUCGAAUCUGCCAAACCAGAUGGAUAACCCACUGCUCACGGACCCAAACUCAAAGAUUAACCUCACGUGUCAGCAGUAUGUAAUUGUCUACACCUGGGCGUUCGCAGUCGUCAAUUUCGGAUGGACAGCUAUAUACACCUAUGUCGGAGGUGUGGUGAUUGGGUCGUACUACGUCGGCAUGUUUUUGUUCUUGUGCUGGCUGGUAGUGACUUUGGUAUUCGCCUGCGCUCUCGCAGUAACUACGCCUGACAACAAUUUUUACGACAUGGGCACGGGGAACCAGAAGAAGGCGGCAGCAUGCUUGAUGAACUAUUGGCUCGUGGACUUCAUCACCUGGUGGGCUCAAGCACAGCUCGUGACCAGCCUAGACACAGAUGUAGCCACUCUGGGCAAGGAGGGAGCUCGGCUAGACCCGACCUCUUGGACCACCAUCGGUAUCAACUUCUUGGUGCUGCUAGCAGCGCUGUUCGUCGUCGGAGCGGUGCACGCUUGUAACGAGGAGGCCCUGAUGGAACAGGUGGACAAGAAGGACAAGCACAAGGCGAAGGCAAUCAGCGAAGACGAAGACUCCAAGUACGCAUCGGUAAGCAGCGAUGAAGAAGACUCGGAGAGCUCCGGGGCCGAGGACUGAGUCCGACUGGUGGUGUCCAGGCCAUGGGGGGAGGGGAUCCGCCUCGGGUUCAUGGGGAGGGGGUUUGCACGGCGUCUGGCCAGCUCGGUCCAUCUGUGACCGUCUGGGGCAGCUCGGUCUCUCUUUGACCACUUCGGUGGAACACGUGCUUGUUGCGGUCGGUCGGGCUUCCGCCACACUCGCGCGUAAGCUACACGUUUAUGGUUGCGCGUGCGCGUCAUCAUUUUUGCGCGGCGCGCUGUAGAACGGAGCUCCCACAAUACAUGGGUCCAGCGGCCGUCGGUUGCGCACCAGUUCUUCGGAUCCUAUCACACCUCUUCUUUGCAGUGUUACUCGGUCAGGCCUCCUGCUCCCCUCGGAGGACUGCCUCCCUCGCCCACCGCGGGUCGGGCACUCCGAGCGGCGUCCAGGCGCGGCGGUCUCCGGCUGGCGACACGGCCCAUCGCCCGGCGGCCUCCCGUUUUUGACAUCGUGCGGCCGGCCUAUUUGGCGUGGCUACCGCACGACCCUGGACGCCUGACUCGAAAUAAGUACAAACUUGAUGCUGAUGCUGAUGUAUAUUUUGCUGCUGGCGCUUCGCUGGACCAUCGACCUCCCCGCCAGGCGGUCGCUUUUUUCUGGUAUCGUGCGGCCGAUCGGGGUGGCCACCGCACGACACCCACGCAUGGCGCCUCGCUGGACUAUCGACCUGCCGCCAGGCGGCCGCUCCUUUUGAAUUCUGGGCGGCCGUCCUGGGUGGCCAUUGCGCGACCCUCUACAUGCCCGGGGCGUCGCUGGACCAUCGACCGUCUCCUCUUCCUCCUCGUCCUCCCC